AGUGAGCAACGCCCCUCUCACUUCGUCUCUGUCGACAUCUUCGACCGUGAUUGAGGAGGACCCUGAUGACGACCCACUCACUCCGUGCAGCCCUCCUCUACUACGACUAUACCCUCACCUUCGCGGACGAAAAGAAGCUCAUUUGGGGACGUAAACUUGGCUUGACAACACUCCUCUAUGUUCUAUGCCGAUAUGCUCUCGUUGCCAACGUCAUAUACCUGCUUGCUAUCUCGCACAAGAUUGAAGACUGUGACGCUGCAUACCGUGGAAUCUCAUCCCUCAGUGUUCUUGGACGAGCAGCUGUGCUCACAACCUGGGCUACACGAACAUGGGUCGUCUGGAAUCGCAAUACAUUCAUCGUCGUCUUCCUCGGCGCUCUCGUCGCGACCUGCACCGCUCUAGACUCCUAUCAGGCCUCCGGCGCGCGCUGCACGGGCCCGGCCUCCCAUCAAGAGUGGGUGAUCCUCGACGCUAUCGCGCGCAGUGCACUUCACUGACGGACCUUACCCAGAGCCGACAACGCGCUGUCUAUCAUGGUCGUG